GUGAGCUGCGGCUGUCAGCACCGAACCCACGGUCUUGGUUACUUAAUCUCAUUACAGAUUUCCUCGACAAUAACAGAAUGUCCACGAUUUCUGUUUUGAAGCUUGAUGGUUUACGGAAGCUGCCGCUAUCAGCUCGGAUUUUUGCUCCUUAUUCAGAACCUCAAGAGCAGAAGAUUUUGGAGUCGGAUAUUGUUUAUAUUUUACAUGGAUGCACCACCUUGAACCAACUCAAACAAGUCCAUGCCCGUCUCUAUCGUAAAGGCCUCGAUCAAUGUUGCUAUGUUGUCACUAAGUUUAUUCGUAUGCUCAUUAAAAUGGACGUUCCAGUGCACUCAUACCCUCACCUUGUUUUCAGACAGGUUAAGAACCCCAACCCAUUUCUCUGGACUGCUCUGAUUUGGGGCUAUGGUGUUCAAGGACCCUUUUCGGAGUCUAUUCGCUUGUACAGCUGUAUGAGGAAGAAAGGCAUUGGCCCUGUAUCAUUUACGUUCUCAGCUCUAUUUAAGGCUUGCGGUGCUGUUCUUGAUGCAAGUUUGGGGUCACAAGUUCAUGCACAGACAAUACUGAUAGGUGGUUUCGCGUCUGAUUUGUAUGUUGGCAACACUAUGAUUGAUAUGUAUGUUAAAUGUGGGCUUUUGGACUGUGGGCGUAAAGUAUUUGACGAAAUGGCUGAAAGGGAUGUUAUUUCUUGGACCGAGUUGAUUGUCGCAUAUGCAAGAAGUGGCGAUAUGAAGUCUGCAGGGGAUUUGUUUGAUGGAUUGCCAGUUAAAGACAUGGUGGCAUGGACAGCCAUGGUUAAUGGCUAUUCCCAGAAUGCCAUGCCAAGAAAGGCAUUGGAGUUUUUUGAGCAAAUGCUAGAUGCUGGCAUUGCGAUUGAUGAAGUUACCUUGGCUGGUGUUAUAUCUGCUUGCGCUCAAUUAGGUGCAUCAGAGCAUGCAAAUUGGAUUAGGGAUAUUGCCGAGAGUUCCAGAUUUAGGCCAGCCAAUAAUGUAGUUGUUGGAUCUGCAUUAAUCGACAUGUACUCCAAGUGUGGUAAUGUGGAGGAGGCAUACAAAGUUUUUUCGGCAAUGAAGGAAAGAAAUGUAUUUUCCUACAGUUCUAUGAUUGUGGGAUUUGCAAUGCAUGGCCUUGCUCAUGCAGCCAUUAAAUUAUUUUUUGAUAUGUUGAAGGCAGAGGUAAAACCAAAUCAUGUCACCUUUGUAGGAGUGCUCUCUGCCUGCAGUCAUGUAGGCAUGGUAAACCAAGGGAGGCGGCUCUUUGCUGUUAUGGAAAAAUCUCAUGGUGUUGCUCCAACAGCCGAUCAUUACGCUUGCAUGGCAGAUCUUCUUGGUCGUGCUGGAUGCUUAGAAGAAGCACUUAAGCUUGUAGAAACAAUGCCUAUGAAGCCCAAUGGGGGAGUGUGGGGAGCACUUCUUGGAGCUUCACACAUUCAUGAGAACCCUGAUAUUGCUGAAAUUGCUGCGACCCAUUUAUUUGAACUUGAACCUGAUAGCAUAGGAAACUAUAUAUUGCUUUCUAACACAUACGCAUCAGUUGGUAGAUGGGAUGAUGUGUCAAGGGUGAGGAAACUGAUGAGAGGAAAGAAAUUAAAGAAAAACCCUGGCUGCAGCUGGGUUGAAGCAAAGAAGGGUAUAAUUCAAGAAUUCUUUGCAGGUGAUGCAACACAUCCACAAACCAGGGAGAUAAGGAAAGCACUAGAGGAUCUAGUGGAGCGACUGAAGGCUACUGGAUACCAGCCAAAUCUGGGUUCUGUGCCAUAUGAUGUUAGUGAUGAAGAGAAGAAGCGUAUACUAAUGACUCAUAGUGAAAAGCUGGCUCUGGCAUAUGGAUUGCUGAAUACAGAUGCCGGUUCCACUAUAAAGAUCAUGAAAAACCUUAGAAUAUGUGAGGAUUGCCAUGUCGUCAUGUGUGGUGCAUCAAAAAUUACGGAAAGAAAGAUUAUUGUCAGGGAUAACAUGAGAUUCCACCACUUCAUUGAGGGGGUUUGCUCUUGUGGCAAUUUUUGGUGACUGAGGCUGGUUCCAGAUC